CAAUUUGGCUCCGCGUGGACGGUACUGCGUACUUCCAAGAGGGGGGCAACCCCAACCCGCGCACAAUCUUCUCGACCUCUCUCCGCCCGUACAUAGAGAUAUGGUUCGGGCCGCGCACCAAAUUAUCGCUGGGGGCGGGAUGUGGAUCGAACAUCAAUCACCGCCCAAUCCAACACCGUGUAUUGAGCGUUGAUGUAGCGUGGUCCCAACUGACUCAUGGCCUCCGAAACGCGAGGAAUGGCGAUGGGAACCAUCCCACGAGGCGGGUCGGACUCAGUAUUCGAAAUCUCCACCGCCCCGCCGGAAGACGACGGAACACCGUCGGCGACGCCUCGACGGAUGAUCAACACUCCCCUAGAUCCCGUGGAGGAGAUCACGACCGGCGGCGACGUUGUACGACGGCAUCGAUGGAACUCCGUCGCUGCCCUCGUCGCCAAAAGCCUGCAAUUUCAACGAUGGAUCAGUAGAAAUAUGAGAGGAAGGAGAAAGAUUACCUUCUUCGCCGAAAACAACCUCGAUCUCAGGGAUUGAACCAGCCAUUGGGAAAUUAGAAAAGCUGACAGAGCAGAGAUAGAAUUGAGGUCGCAAACGAAGGAGAAGAAUCUGGGAAACAAAAGACUUACGCAAAACAGAGAGAAGCAGUGGUUGUUGUUCGACUGAAGUCGAAAACCUCUAUUUAUAAGGAAAGAAAAAGAAUGCGAAAGGCGAUAACCGCAAUGGGAAGCGUAAGCGUCACAUCGGGAAUUCAAAGUUCAAAAGCAAAAAGUAACCACCCAAAUGGGUGGACAGAGUGCUGCCACGUGGAUGAUGAUUAGAUGGUGAUUGGUCCCUAAAGGCGGCGCACCCACUACGCAUGCGCCCCGCCUGGGGGGCAGGGUACACUAGUGGAAUGCGAAAAAUCAAAAAGUUAAGCCACA